GCUUAAAGCACUAGGUGUCAGGAAAGUGGAGACUAUAUUUGGAGAAACCCACUUAGAAGGGUGUUGGACUCAUGCCAUGUGGUCAUGAAAUUCCUGAUAGGGCCAAGACAUCAUAUAUGGCUUAUAAUAGCAACUUUUAACCAUCAUAAGAUUUCGAAGUUACUUUGGGAGAUGAUUAUAAAGUGAAAUCCAGUUAAAAAUCAGGUGAAUGGACAAUGGUUUAUGAUGAAGGUUUUGAAAUCAAAUUAGGUAAUAUGAAAUAUUUUGCAUUCUCAAAAUAUGAACCAAAGGGCAGAGAAGGAGUAUCAUAUUGUGAUUAAACUCUUGUGGGAUGGUACACAAAUCUAGACACUUAAGAGAGAGGUUGUUAUAGAGCUGAAAAAACUGAAAAAGUAGACAUUGUCCAACCUGAAUUUAUGGAUGAUGAUGAUAUGAAAUCUUUAUCAUUCUUAUAAGUUUAAGAAAAAACACCAGAAGUGAAUCAUGAAGAUGUCGUCGAAAAAUUAAAUCAAAAGGAAGGAACAUGGAAAGCUAAGGUCUAUGACCAUAUGAAGGGCAAGAGCUUCGCUGAAGUUGCUAAGUCUUUGGGAAAGAAGCUUGGAUUCAAAAAGGACAAGUCAUACAAACAAUAGGAUUAAACAGCAAAUAAGGUGUUCGUUCAAACUGCUGAUUAUUCAGAAUUGCCUUCUUCUUUCAAUUGGAGAGAGAAGCUUGCACCACCUAGACAAUAAGGACAAUGCGGAUCUUGUUAUGCUAUAGCCACAAUGUCUAUGUUAUCAGCAAGAUUAAAAAUACAAGGGGAGAAUGUUGAUCUCUCACCUUAAUGGUCUUUGAAUUGCAAUUAUUACAACCAAGGAUGUGAUGGUGGUUAUCCUUAUUUGGUGAAUAAAUUUGCUGAAGAAUAAGUACUUGUCUCUGAAUCAACAGAACCAUAUCAAGGAUAUGACGGAUCUUGCAACUUCUAGAAAGCCAAGUCUUAAUCGAAAGUUUAUGCUACCAAGAACUAUAAAUAUUUGGGAGGUUCAUAUGGCAGAGUCUCAGAAUAAGUCAUCAUGUUAGAAAUAAUGAAGAAUGGCCCUGUUGUUUUGAGUUUCGAACCAUCAUACGAUUUCAUGUAUUAUGAAUCUGGUAUCUAUCACUCCAAGGCAGAAACAAGUGACUAUUCUGAAUGGGAAAAAGUCGAUCACUCCGUCUUAUGUUAUGGUUGGGGAGAAGAAGAGGGAGUUAAGUUUUGGAUGUUGUAAAACAGUUGGGGAGAUCAAUGGGGAGAAAGUGGUAACUUUAGAAUGAAGAGAGGAGUUGAUGAAUCAGCUAUUGAAAGUAUGGCUGAAGCUUCAGAUCCAUAUGUCAUAAAUUAGAAUUCAAGUAAAAGCUUUUCUGAAACAAAAUCAAAUGAAUCUGAUUUCGAUUAUGAAGAUGAUGACAGUAUCUUUUCUUUCAACUAGAUUAGAUAAAAUUUAAAAUGAAAUUAUACCAACAUUAAUCAUCAUUACAAUAAUUUAUGAAUAAUAAAA